UCAAAAUUUUCGAUUUCAGAUUUCAACCUUGCUGUGACGGGAUUUGAAUACAAGGCUCGUUAGACAAAAUUUCCUAUAAACGAUUGGAAAACACUUAUCAUGGCACUCAGAGCAUUCAGUGAACUCACCAAGGGAAUUGGGCAAUGUAAAAAUCAAUUAUGGCAAUCACAAAUGGUGAUGCAAAAAUACUCAGAUUGGGCCUUCGUUAACGAGCCAUCCAAAAAAAAAGUAACAGAUAUGCCUCCGAUGGAUCAACCAGUUGCCAAUUUACCAAAGGCUAUUUAUUCAAAUCUUAAAGAGGGACAACAGAAAACGCAGGUUACUGUACUUUCGAAUGGACUCACUGUAGCUUCAGAAAGCAGAUUUGGAGAAUUUUGUACAGUGGGAGUUGUUAUAGAUUCAGGAUCUCGAUAUGAAGUACAUUAUCCCAGUGGAAUAUCUCAUUUUCUUGAAAAAUUAGCUUUUAAUUCAACAAUUAAUUGUCCUGACAAAGAUGAAAUGUUGAAUAUUUUGGAAAAACAUGGAGGGAUCUGUGAUAGUCAAGCAUCUAGAGAUACUUUCAUUUAUGCAGCUUCAGCUUAUACCUCAGGAUUGGAAGAGGUCAUAAAAUUAUUGGCAGAAGCUACACUAAGACCAUUGAUAACAGAGGAAGAGGUAGAUGGUGCAAGGCAAUCCAUACAUUUCGAAUUGGAAACACUUAAUAUGAGGCCUGAACAAGAGACCCUACUAAUGGAUAUGAUUCAUGCGGCAGCCUAUCGAAAUAACACAUUGGGAUUGCCCAAGUUAUGCCCCCAAAAAAAUCUCGAAAAAAUAAAUAGGGAACUCUUAUUCACAUAUCUUAGUCAGCAUUAUUUACCCAAGAGGAUGGUUGUAGCUGGCGUCGGUGUAGAACAUCAAACACUCUGUAAUGCAGUGCAAAAGUACUUUGUUGACCAAAAACCCAUAUGGGAGACAGAAAAUGGUUUAUACAAAACCUCAAAUAUAAUAGGUGCAGAUGACAGCAUAGCACAAUACACUGGAGGAAUGGAAACGGAAGAAUGUGAUAUACCACAAUUUGCAUCUGCUGGUUUGCCUGUUCUGUCCCAUGUGAUGAUUGGAUUAGAAGGAUGCUCUCAUCAAGACAAAGAUUUUAUUGCUAUGUGUGUCCUUAAUAUGAUGAUGGGAGGUGGAGGUUCGUUUAGUGCAGGUGGCCCUGGAAAAGGGAUGUACACUCGUCUUUAUACAAACGUUCUUAAUAGGUAUCACUGGAUGUACAGUGCAACAGCAUACAAUCAUGCUUAUGCUGAUACUGGUUUGUUCUGCAUUCAUGCAAGUGCUCCUCCGACACAUCUCAGAGAACUAGUUGAAGUUUUGGUUAAAGAGUUGGUUAACAUGACAGGAUAUAUUGGUGAACAAGAACUAAGGAGGGCCAAAACUCAACUACAGUCUAUGUUAUUGAUGAAUUUGGAAUCCAGACCAGUGAUUUUCGAGGAUGUAGGAAGACAAGUUUUAGCAACUGGACACAGAAAAAGACCUGAAUAUUUCAUUGAACAAAUAGAAAAAGUUACCAAAGAUGAUAUAACUGCUGUAGCAAAAAGACUUCUAACUUCUGAUCCCGCCGUAGCUGCAAGGGGCGAUUUGAAAAAAAUGCCUUCACUUCAGUUUAUCCAAGCAGGUCUUCUGGACACUGAAGGUAGAAUGCCAACUAAAAGAUUAUCGCUCUUUAGAUAAGUUGAUGAUGUGAAGAGAGAUGUAAUUUAAAAUUCAUACAUAUAUUGUACAAUUUUUAUAAUUGUGGCAUGAUUGUUUCAAUUUUGUUUGUUUAAAAAUAAAACUUUCUGUUGUGA